UCGCGCCACAUGGCCAUGCAGCUGCGACGCGCCUCCUCUCCCUCGCCUCCACGUCUCCGGCCUCUGCACACAUGUCCCUCCUCGAGCUCCACGCACGCCGCAUAUAAUCGCAACGAUCCAAUGCAGUGAUGCACCGGCCAGAUCGCGAGAGGCACACCCAAAUCUCUACGACGCUAGAUCAGAGCUACUAAGAGCUAAUCCAAUCAGCGGUGAUCUCUAGCUAGCUACUUAGCUUUUGGCAAGUGAUUUUAAUUUAGUGAAAACGCUAGGUAGCUUGACAAUGAGCCAGAGGCAGCCGAGGAGGCCGUCCGGCCACCAGGAGACGACGAGCGGAGAGCAGGGCGCCGUCCGCUACGGCGACGUGUUCCCGGCGGUGGCCGGGGGCCUCGCGGAGAAGCCCGUGGCGCCGCAGGACGCGGCCACGAUGCAGUCGGCGGAGAACCUGGUGUUCGGCCAGACGCUCAGGGGAGGGCCGGCGGCGGCCAUGCAGUCCGCGGCCACCGCCAACGAGCGCAUGGGCGCCGUCGGGCACGACCAGGCCACGGACGCCACCGCCGUGCAGGGCGUCACCGUCUCCGAGACCCGCGUCCCGGGCGGCCGCAUCGUCACCGAGUUCGUCGCGGGCCAGGCCGUCGGCCAGUACCUCGCGCGGGACGACGAUGCUGGUGGUGGCGGUGGCGGCGCCGGCGCCGGAGCGAGAGGCGCCUCUGCUGGUGGGGUCGGUAAGGAUAUGACGAAGGUGACGAUCGGCGAGGCGCUCGAGGCGACGGCGCUCGCGGCGGGCGACGCGCCGGUGGAGCGCAGCGACGCGGCCGCGAUCCAGGCGGCGGAGGCACGCGCCACGGGGCUGGACGCGAACGUCCCCGGCGGCCUGGCCGCACGGGCACAGUCCGCUGCCGCGGCCAACGCGUGGGCGUCGCGCGACGAGGACAAGGCCACGCUCGGCGACGUCCUCGCGAACGCGGCGACGAGGCUGGUGGCGGACAAGCCGGUGGAGAGCGGCGACGCGCUGGGGGUGGCUGGCGCGGAGAACCGCAACAGGGACGACGGGACGGCGAGGCCAGGAGGCGUGGCAGCGUCCAUGGCUGCGGCCGCACGGCUCAACCGUGACGAGGCGGUCUGGGAUCAGUGAAGCAGCGAGCGAGUGCGCGUGCGAGCAGCUAGCGCGCUGCCAUGGAGAGGAGACGUGUCCCGGACCCGGAGUCCUUGUUUUUUUUUUUUUGAAAAAUAAGUCCUUGUUUUUUUAAAAAAAUUCGCUAGCUUUGGUUUUUUUUAGUUCGGUAGCUCCACGUAUCUGCAAAACUGCAAAGUAGCGUGUCAAUGUGCCGGCUGAUCAAAACGUGUGUAUCUCGACUUCAGGUGAUCUGAGUUGUAUAUAGUAGUGUACUAGUACGUGUUGUAGCUUCGUGCAAUAAUAAUGUAGCGCGUCGAGCGUGAGAUAUCUUACCCUAAACCCUAAGUGUAAGAUAUAUGUACCCAGUGCACUUGUAUGUUAAUGGUGAAGAUGUGUUAGAUCAA